AUGAAAAAAAAAAAUAACAACAAGUUACAUUACCUCGAUUCUAAAGGGAAACUUUAUACUAGUGGGCUUAGAUCUGAUACGAAAGAGAAAUAUGGGGAAAUACCUUCAUCUAAUAAAAAUCAUAACUUGAUAGAAAAAUACAAUGAAUUACAAAGUUUAUUAUCCAAGGAAGAAGAAAAGUAUGAUUUUGUGAAAAAUGAAUUAGGGGAGUUACAAAAACAAAAAGAUUUGCUAAAGUGGCAUUUGUGUAACAAUAUUAAAAAGUUAAGUAUGAAAAGAAGUGACUACAAAUUUAAAACAGAAACAAAAAGUAAAUUAGAAUCUAAAUUAAAAUCAUUAAAAGAUACGAAUAAAAUUCAUAAGUUUGAACAUGAUACUUUAGAAGAAUUAGUACACAAAAUGGAACAAGAGUUAGAAACCAAAAUGUACAUAAAAAAUGAUAUAGAAAAUAUAUUUAAUGAAUGUAUUAAUAAAAAAGAUGAAUAUCUCAAAGAUAUAACUCAAGAAAGAAUCAGUGCAUUCAAAGAAAGAAAAAAAAGACAAAACCAGUUACAAAAAUUAUUAUUAAUUAUGAAACAAGAAAAUAAUAAAAAUUAUAAUAUUAACUAUCUGAAGAAAUAUGAAAGUAAUCUAAUGAAUGAAAUUAAUAGUUAUAAAAAUUAUAAAGAUUUCGAAACUAAAAUUGCUAUGGAUUUAAUUGAUGAUCAUUCUUUAAACGAUCUGUACGUUACAUGA